UUUUUAUGAAGAUAUCAAGGGGGUCGGAAGUCGUUAAAAAUCGUGAAAAUCGAGUGCUUUUGUUAGUUUUCCCCAUGAAGACGGAGAGGAGAGUAACAAUAUUACUGAUUCAUUAUAGUUCGGGUUUGGAAUGCCGAUACAACAUGGCAAAGUCGUUGCGAGGACUGGCAAGUUUUGUCUUUAUGGUAAUGUCAGUGGGACUAGUCCACGCUGAACAUAGUGAGUGCGAGGAUUUCAAGGACUACUUUUCAACACUGGUCUCACCAGACUAUCCCGACCCCUACCCACCGGCUACCCGACGGCAAUGGUAUAUGGAGAUCCCCGAAGGUGUGCAGGCCCUCAUUCGCGUAAACGCCCUCGAAAUAGAAAGAACAUGGGAUUACCUGACUCUUGAACACACCCACCAGACUGCACACGGCAUUAAUGUUACUCGCUUCCCAUUGGUCAGUGGUAAUGUGACGUCAAUAUUGCUCCCGGAGGGAAAUGUGAUGUUGGACUUUUGCAGUGACGAGUUUGAAAAUUUCGAUGGCUUCUCCUUUGAUAUACGCACACGUGAAAUCAACAAUACUUUCGACCUGGGUUGUUACGAACCCGAUGUUGAGACCUUUGCAUGUGCUUCGGGGGUGCAGUACAUCCACGCCAUCGCACGAUGUGAUAGGAUCGUAGACUGUCAUGACCACUCGGAUGAAAUCGGCUGUGGAGAUUGUCCUCCCGAUACCUCUCAGUGUGAAGGGACUGAUAUAUGCAUUCAUUCUAAAUUCCUUUGUGAUGGAGUGUUUGACUGCCCUCAUCAGGAUGACGAGAACUGUAUAGAUUCAAAGUGUCCCGAUGGAUGCAUAUGUGGAGAGGGCCCCUAUGCCCAUUUCUUCGGGCCAAGUCGAGCCUUCUGCGCUGCACCUGGCUACCUCCCAUACUGGACGAAUGGGACUACGACUUGGAACCAGGAGUAUGCAAUGAACACCACACUAAGAACCGUCGUCAUAGACCUCCAUGACAUUCCCUUAAUGCAUCUCGAUCCAGGAAGCUUCAUCGGUGCUACAAAUCUGAAUACCCUUGACCUGACUAACUGUGAUAUCGAUCAUCUCCCUUCUGGUGUCUUCGAUGGUGCGCCUCGCCUCUAUAAAUUGUAUAUUCGAAAUAACAAGUUGAGGUAUUUGGAGAAGGGGACGUUUCGUGGACUCUACAACCUGUAUCUACUCUUUGCAGAGUUCAACUUUCUGACGAGGUUUGAGGAAGGCUGUUUCGAAGGGCUGACCAAUCUAUUCUUUAUAGAUCUUGAGUUCAAUGGGAUAACUGACUUCCGGCCUGGUACAUUCCGUGACCUCGGUGGUUCUCUUGAGAGAUUGAUAAUAACUCGAAAUAAUCUGACGUCGAUCAACUCAUCUCUGUUCUAUGGACUGGAAGAGACCUUACUUAGAGUGAACAUAGAUAACAACGAACUGAAAUAUAUCGAACCAGGAACCUUUCAUAAUAUGACUAUUCUUCAAGAUAUGUAAGUAUAUUAGUGAAAGAAAAGAAUGACAAAUGAAAAUGAGAAAUUUAAUAUAAAGGAUAAAACUAUGAAAUGUAUUAAUGACAACUGUAUGGAAAAAGAGGGGAUAAGGAGGGGAGAGAGAGGUAGAGAGAGAGAGAGAGAGAGAGAGAGAG